GGGCAUCCGAGUGCUCCUCUAAAGGCUCGACCAACCUAAACUACUGCUGAGGAUCGCGCAACAAAGGAUCACCUCGUCCUGGCGUCCUGCAGUACUAGGAACUUGCCAACUCAUAUCUCGACAUCAUGUCGGGCAUAAAAUACAGGCAUUUAAGCCGCGACUCAGCUCAUCGACGAGCUCUCCUCCGCAACCUAGUCACAUCUCUCAUUGCCAAUGAAUCAAUAUCCACGACCUACGCCAAAGCCAAAGAAGCACAACGUCUAGCCGAAAAGCUGAUCACCUUGGGCAAGAAGAACACCAACGCCGCCAAACAACGAGCCAAGUCUAUAUUCUUCGAGCCUGAACAGCCACAGCAUAUGGAGAAACUCUUCGAAACACUCCGUCUACGUUACGAACACCGACCCGGCGGCUACACACGAGUACUCCGACAGGAACCCAUUCGCGACGACCAGGCGCCAUCAGCCAUAUUAUCGCUGGUAGAUGGCCCGCGAGAUAUGCGCUUCAGCAUGACGGCCAAAGCGCUAGUGCGCCAACGCAAGGACAAUCUACCUAUGCAUGAGAUGACGGCCGUGAAUGUGCGGAAGGUGACCAGGUUCCGGGAUGGAGGCGAGGAAGCGUUAGAAGAAGAGGUCAAACGACUAGAAGAGCAGAUGGAGGCGCAAGAUCUGGAGGAGAAGGAGGACUUCGAGACCGACGGGACGACGUACGAGUGGGUUAGAGGCGAGAAGGACAGGCGAACGUCGGCCAAGGGCAAGGAGAAGAACGGUCCAGGUCGACUGAGAAGGCAAAGGGCUGGAGAGGAUGAGGAGACUCGAUUCGGAUAGUUCGACUCGUUGGAGCGUGUAAAAACAUUAUUCAAAGCGUGUCUCAUGCCCCGAACUGUUCAUAUUGGGAUGCUGUCGCUUCUCUCCAGCUAUUCCGACAUGCGAUA